AUGCUGGCACCGAGCUGGAUGCAGAUUGUUGAUGACGUUGAUGUAUUACUUAUUAUAAUCAGUGCAGUUGAGCACCUGAAAGGAAUUGGUUUAUUAGUACCGAAGGAGCGAUAUUCGAAGUGUAAAAAGCAGUCGUUCGAUGCGUAUCAGAAGGCUGAUUUCCGGGCGGUUCGCGAUGUUGACCAGUUACUAUUACCAUACGGACUGCAACUGAGCGAUGUCGUUAAUGUGCAGUGA